AUGAGAAUCCUUCCUGUAUACUUUCUUGGUGCAUUCCUUGCAUACUUGGUGACAGGUACUCCACUAACGGGUUCCAAUAACAAACAAAAACAACGAACAUUCAAAUAUACGCUAGAUGACCUCGAGUUCCUCCAACUCACAGAUACUGACAAAUUCAUCCUGCUCAAAAAAGAGAUCCUCCUUGAUUUAAUCAUCCGUGGUCAGGUAGAUCAAUAUGAUCAACGUAUCAAGCGAGAAUUACGCAAACUAGAAAAAUUAGAAAGGGAAGAAGAAAGGAAGAAUCAUAGACUGUUUUAUUUAUUGGACGAGAAGGAUGAUGUGAUUGGAAUGGGGGAUGAGGUGGUAGAGUUCCAGAAUCAGUUAUUGCAAAACCCAGAAUAUACCGUGGUGGAAGUUGUUGAGGUUGAGGAGGAGGUUUCUGAAGAGAAUACUAAGAAGGAAAAAGUGAAGGGAAAGGUAGAGGUGGGCCCUAUGCCUGUGUUGCGUAUGGGGUGGGAUAGAAAAGAAAGAGGAAAUGGAUAA